CUGAAAUACUCCUCACAAUCUCCGUCCUCGAUACAUGGCUUUCGUCGCACGAAUGAUUUUCUAGCCAAUUACGCACAAUGUGGAAGAUUUCAUGCCACUGCAGGAAGAAGAGCCGCAACUUGGGGGGCUUUUACGCAGGGACGUGUCCAGCGCGCGCACCUGGAGCCACCGGAGACAGCAUGCAGAGGCGGCACAUCUCACCCGCUUCCCACCGUGUUUUAUGAUACCGAGCCGCCGCGCGACCUGCCGUCGAUUCCUGUGAUGGGGAGAAGCACAUGGAGCUGCGCCGCCGUGAUCCUGCUGCUGGCCGCCGUCCGCACAUGUGGAGCCGUCACGCUGGAGUCCAUCCACUGGAGCAGCUCCAAUGCAAAGUUUGCUCCAGGUCAGGGUCUGGUGCUGUUUCCUCAGAUAGGAGACAAGAUGGACAUCGUGUGUCCCCGGGUCGAUGCCUCCCUGGGGGGGAAGGAGGAGUUCUACAAGGUCUACCUGGUUUCUCGCCGCCAGCUGGAGAGCUGCAUCAUCGACAAGACGGACACACCUCUGCUGAACUGCGACAAGCCUCGACGGGACGUGAAGUUCACCUUCAAAUUUCAGGAGUUCAGCCCGAACCUCUGGGGUCUGGAGUUCCUCAAAGGGAGGGACUAUUAUAUCACCUCCACUUCCACAGGAUCCCUGCAAGGUCUGGAUAAUACUAAUGGUGGAGCGUGCAAGACCAAAUCCAUGAAGCUGGUGCUGAGAGUGGGCCAGAACUCUUCCGAUGCACCUUCAACACUGCAGGAGUCCCCGACCAGGUUCCCACCUACGCGACCAAAGUCCAAAGCCAAGGACGCCUCCACAAAGGAGAGCGUUAAAAACAACAAUGCUGACGUGGACCCGGACGCGGGGCGGGCGGACCCCGGCGGCGGCUCCGAGCCGGGGCUGCUCGUGUGGAUCGCGUCUGGCUGCGUCGCCGUCCUGCUGGCCGCGGUGAUUCUGAUCGCCGUGGCGUGGAGGUGUCGCCACCGCCGCCGCCGCCGCCACGUCCCAGACAGUCAGCAGCCCGCCUCUGUGUCUCUGAACACUCUGGCCGUGCAGAAGCGGGACAGCAUCAGCAGUGACAAUAACGGCUCGGACCGCAGCGACGUCGUCUUCCCUCUGCGGCCCUCCGAGAGCAUGAUCUGCCGCCACUACGAGCGAGUGAGCAGCGACUACGGGCCUCCGGUGUACAUAGUUCAAGAGAUAACUCCCCAGAGUCCCACCAACGUUUACUACAAGGUCUGACAUCUGCUGCUCUGCUGACAGGGUUUUCUAAUCGGCUGGUAUUCAGAAACUUAAACCACCGAGGACCUUCUUUUUUGUCUAUAACAAAACUUUUUGGACUACAUUUGUGAAGAAGUGCGCAAGUGUUAAGAAACCAGGAGAGAGUAUGUGAUUAUCUCUCAUGUUAGGUAAAUCACUCUGUCACACUACAUUAAUCACGCAAGAUGCUUUUUAACCGUUUCAUGGAGGGGCCACCUGAGAGCAGAGUGGUUUAUGACAAAUCGUCCAUUAGUUGUGUUCAUCUUGUUUUUGCCAGAUGUCUGUACGUGUGCUCAAAUGUAUUUCAAAGAAAAGCAUUAC